GUAGUUCGACGGUGGCCGAGCCAUUCAAAUGCCAAUGGCCCGCUCCAAGAUGGGUGAAAUUGUAGCGCUUGAAUUCUAGUUCCUCUAACAGUCCAACCAGAAGCGAAAACUGCCUAGGCAAGGCUCUGAAAGACGCUCCUGGUCUAGGGCUGUUCUGCUAAGGUGCCUCACCUUACUGGCCUCGCUAGCUUUUACCAACUUCCCAACUAAAGGGUGACAUCCCUGCAUGAGCCUAUCCUGUUAAAAAUGUCCUUGCCACUUACAGAGGAGCAGAGGAAAAAGAUUGAAGAGAAUCGGCAAAAAGCUUUGGCCCGUCGAGCUGAGAAGUUGUCAGAACAGCCACAGAGCGCAGCUUCAGGCUCCUCUGCUGCCGGCCCGUCCCAGUCCAAGCAGGGCUCUCUCCUGAAUCUCCUAGCGGAGCCUUCAAAGCCAGUGGGCCAUGCCUCCAUUUUCAAGCAACAGAAUCUCAGUAAUUCAUUUCCUACUGAUCAGAGACCUCACAGCUCCCGCUGUUCUCAGCCCAGCCCAGCAGAGGAAACGACGGGGCUAUGGAAGACCCAAGGAGAGAUGUCCACAGCCUGCCCAAAGCCUAACCCAAGUCCUCCAGGAGCCUCUAACCAACCACUUUUGGGUUAUAAAUCCAGCGAGGGUCAACCCCAGGCAACCUGGGACACAGGAGCUUCCUCUUCUGGACCAUUCCCCAGGGACCCCGAGUUAGAGGCCAAGGCAGCAAGGCCUUCCACCUCUAGGCAGAGCAUUUCGGACAGCUUUUAUGUGUUAGGGGGAAAAACACCUAGGACAGAAGGGAGACCCCCAAACAUACUGCAAACCACACCCCAAAACACAGGCUUUCUACGGGGAGCGUGCAUAAAGACUGGGGAUCGCUUCCGGGUAAAGAUCGGCUACAACCAAGAGCUCAUUGCCGUGUUUAAGUCUCUGCCCAGCAGACACUAUGAUUCUUUUACAAAGACCUGGGACUUCAGCAUGAGCGACUACAGAGCCUUGAUGAAGGCAGUCGAGCGACUCUCCACGGUCUCCCUGAAGCCACUGGACGAGGCUGGUGGCAGUGUUGGAGGACAGACCAGCCUUCCCUCAGCUCCAUCCCUGACCUUUGUGACAGGGAAGUGCAUGCUCAUCUCUCGAGUCCGCUUCGAGGUUGACAUCGGCUAUUCGGAGGCGGUGAUUGGCCUGUUUAAACAGAUGGAGUCCAGGAGUUACGAUAUCAAGACCAGGAAGUGGAGUUUUCUCUUGGAAGAGCACAAUAAACUAAUUGCAAGGUCACGUGAACUGAAGCAAGUUCAGCUGGACCCACUGCCCAAGACAGUGACCCUGGCAUUUGCAUCUCAGCUGGAGAAAACGUCUCCCAAACUGAAAGCAGACGUGCCAGAAGCGGACCUUUCCGGAGUGGAUGCCAAGCUUGUGUCUAGCCUCAUGCCCUUUCAGAGGGAGGGAGUUAGCUUUGCCAUAUCAAAAAGAGGCCGCCUGCUACUUGCCGAUGACAUGGGCCUAGGGAAGACCGUCCAAGCCAUCUGCAUAGCAGCUUUUUACCGAAAGGAAUGGCCACUGCUGGUGGUCGUGCCUUCCUCUGUGCGCUUCACCUGGGAGCAGGCCUUUCUUCGGUGGCUUCCAUCUCUUAGCCCAGAGAACAUCAACGUGGUGGUGACCGGGAAGGGCCGCCUAACAGCUGGCUUGGUCAAUAUUGUCAGCUUUGACCUCCUUUGCAAGUUGGAGAGGCAGCUAAAAACCCCUUUCAAAGUCGUCAUUAUUGAUGAAUCACACUUCCUCAAGAACAUAAAGACUGCCCGCUGCCGAGCAGCUGUGCCUAUCCUAAAGGUUGCCAAGAGGGUGAUCCUACUGUCAGGCACACCCGCCAUGUCUCGGCCCGCAGAGCUCUACACGCAGAUCAUUGCUGUCAAGCCAACCUUCUUCCCUCAGUUUCAUGCCUUUGGACUCCGCUACUGUGACGCCAAACGGCUCCCUUGGGGCUGGGACUACUCAGGCUCCUCCAACCUGGGCGAGCUGAAGCUGCUGCUAGAGGAAGCAAUCAUGCUGCGGCGCCUCAAAUCCGACGUGCUCUCCCAGCUUCCGGCCAAGCAGCGCAAGAUGGUGGUGGUCAACCCUGGUCGGAUCAGCUCCAGGGCUAAGGCAGCCCUGGAUGCAGCAGCCAAAGAAAUGACCAAGGACAAAACUAAACAGCAACAGAAAGAAGCUCUCCUUGUCUUCUUCAACAGAACAGCAGAAGCUAAAAUCCCAUGUGUCGUCGAGUAUAUCCUGGACCUUCUGGACAGCGGACGAGAGAAGUUUCUAGUGUUUGCACACCAUAAGGUGAUUCUGGAUGCAGUUGCCAAGGAGCUCGAGAGGAAGAACGUUCAACACAUCCGGAUCGAUGGCUCCACUCCCUCAGCAGACCGGGAGGCUCAGUGCCAGCGGUUCCAGCUGUCCAAAGGGCACACAGUGGCACUGUUGUCCAUCACAGCCGCCAACAUGGGCCUCACCUUCUCCACAGCUGAUCUGGUCGUGUUUGCUGAGCUCUUCUGGAACCCAGGGGUGCUGAUCCAGGCCGAGGACCGUGUGCACCGCAUUGGACAGACAAACUCUGUGAGCAUCCACUACCUGGUGGCAAAAGGCACAGCAGAUGACUACCUUUGGCCUCUGAUUCAAGAGAAGAUUAAAGUUCUGGGGGAAGCUGGGCUUUCUGAGACCAAUUUCUCGGAAAUGACGGAAGCUACAGACUACGUGCACAAGGACCCAAAGCAGAAGACGAUCUAUGACCUGUUCCAGCAGUCCUUUGAAGACGAUGGAAAUGACAUGGAAUUCCUGGAAGCAGCAGAGUCCUUUGAGCUAGGAAGUACUUCAGGAACCUCUGGAAACAUUUCCCAGGAUCUGGGAGAUCUCUUAGAUGAAGACGAAGGCAGUCCGCCAAAGAAAAGCAGAUUUGAAUUCUUUGAUAAUUGGGACAGCUUUUCCUCUCCCUUUUGACAGGGUCAGAAAAGGAAAGAAACGAAAGAAAGCAGUCACAAAAUCAUGGGGCUCAUUGAAAUAAAGUAUUUUCUUUAAAAGCCUGUAUUCCGUUUGUCACGCAGAAGAGUCCAAGGCCAGUAGGUACCAUCAUCUCCUUUCUGUGUUCCUAGACAAGGCCUGCUUGGAGGCUUAAUUACUUUUUUAGCUUUUCUGGAUUAAAAGAUACAGUGGCUUAGAGUAGUCAUAGUUUACAUUCUUAAGUAGUGAGGACUUCCUAUACACCUCCAAUAUCUAGUUAAAAACUUCAACUAGUACAGUUAUUAAGCACCUCAUAGUACAGGCACUGUCCAACGUCGUAACCUUCUAAACUAAAGGCAAAGUCUCUGUGGGGUUUAUCCAGCAGGAAAAGCGGCAGUGAUGGCAAGUCCUCUUUCCUAGUACAGGAAAGUUCUGCUUAUGGACAUGAAAUGUAAAAUGUGAUUUUCUCAUCAUGAAUUUUAUUUUGAUUUUGUAAACCAUCACAAGUGUGAGAAAACAUUCUGAGGUCACAGACUUGGGUGCAGGCAGUGGGCAGACAGUGCGCAGCAUGGUUCUUAGCUUUCCAGCCUCUGACUGAAGCAGCAUCGUCCAAUAGUGAUAUAAUGUGAACCACAGGGUGUGAUUUCACUUUCCUAACAUUUAAAUUUACAAGCAAAAGCAAUGUAUUCCUCCUGCUAGAGUCAACAGACUAGCAUACGAACUUGAGGUUUUUGAGACAGGCUUCCUUUCAUAUAUCCAAGUUAGUCUCCCACCUGCUCAUAUAUCAGAGGAGAACCCUGAACUGCUCAUCUUCCUGGCCCCACCUCCUGGUGUUGGAGGUGUGCACCCCCUUCCCUACCCACCUCGCUCAUUAAGGGAGACAGCAAUCACACCAUUAGAGAAAAAAUUCUUUGGGAUAAGUUAAGGACCAGAAAAUGAAGGGGGUUUUGUCUGUUUUGAGAAAAUCGGAAAGGGACAUUUGACACUCACUUCUACACCCAUCUGCAGUGUGCUGUGUGUUUGAUGUCACAGCUUUCAGAAACAUCCGGAAGCGCUCCCCCCAUGACCGCAGGCUGUUUUCAGGGACAUGAGACGCCAUAGGAAAACAGAGAACACUGUAAAAAUCGGUCUUUUUCCUCCUGGUCCCAGGCUCCCAGAAUAAUGCCUGUGAGACUCAACUAUAUUUACAAAUACCUAGGCCAGUAAGCUUUGGCUGUCUCCUGAUUAGAUCAUAACUUAAUAUCCCAUUUAUUCUAAGUUCUGCCGCAUGGCUGGUCACCUCUGCUCAGCUCCGGUGCUUCUAACCUCCAUGUUCCCAGGCGAAUGCUCUCAAGCUUGGCUAAAUCCCAGAAUUCAAUCUCCCAACUGAUGUCCUACUUUCUAUUUGCUGCCUAAACUUAUAGGCUAAUCAGCAUUUUAUUGACAGGUGUUGAAUCCAAGACUGCUCCUUUUUUUUAAUUAUUAUUUUUUCAAAAUAGAUACAUCAAGUCUGAUCGUCUAUUUACCCGUUCCUUCCACUUACCCACCAAGUCAGUUCAGGAGUAUCACCAUAAGGGGCUUGGAAAGGGUUAAUUAGAGCAGUCUCAAAUCUCUGCCUUUGAUUUGGUUUUCCUGUAGGGUUUCAGUGAGGGAAACAACCUCAGGAGAUGGCACUAAGCCCUUAGUCUUGGGUACUGUGAGUCAGUCUCUGGGCUACAACGGCAGCAGUCAGACACUCAGUUCUGUGGCUCUCUCUGCCCAUGUUUCCCUUCUAUUCGAUGCAUUGUACUAUCAGCUACUCUUCCAACUCUUUCGUUCUGAGGGUGAAAUAUGCAAAAAGUUCAUAAAACAGUUUGCAGCUUAACUGAAACAAGCGCUUGGGUAGGCACAGCCCAGUCUUAUCAAGAUGCUAUCUAGAACCACUGCUCCUUUGCCUUAUGCUUAGCUUUAUUUGUCUGGAAUGAGAUAGGUCUAGGUUCACUUUUCCCCAAUGAAGAUGCAGUUAUUCUCAGCACCACAUAUUAAAAGACUGUCCUUUCAGCUGUCAGUCUGUGGGGACAUUUACUCACUGCGAUAUCUUUGAUGUAAAACUAUUCUAGAAAUGUAUAUUAUAAGUGAGAAAUGAAGGUCCUACACUCUCCCUCUCACCCCUAGCCUACUAUUUCUUAAAGGUGAUAACUAAUAUAAUUUGAGAUGGGGCCAUUUGUAAUUUAUUCUGUAUAUACCUGAAAGUUGUUUUACAAAAAUUGUACUGAAUUGAUUGAACUGCUGUGGUCCGUGUUUCCUAUGACUGUCUCAGAUUACACUUGCCCAUUGUUUCAGAUCGUUCUACUCUGUCUCCCUUUAAGUGACCUGUGACCCUCCCAGAUGCCUUCUUGGUAUUGGCCCUUUAACAAAGCCUGGGUGAUUUUCUUAAGUGAAUGCGAGGAGCUACAGAAGACAAGGAUAUCUGUGUGUGAAUCCAUUUUGGACAUAAUGAUCUCUUUGUCCAGAACUAGCUACGGAGGCAUCAACAGAACGCUGGACAUUCCUGUGACUCUGGGAUAAACCUUUAUGUCUGUGUCAUGAGAUGAACCUGUGCCCCAGAUGGCUUUUAAGAAUAAAGUGUUGCAUAUGCCCUAAGAGAACUGGUUGCCUCAGCGGCUAAAAGGGUCUCUCUCUGGAAGUGACUUUGGUUAAUGACUUUAGAGAUGGAAGGUGAAUUCUGAGUGCUUCCGAAGAGCGAGGCGAUUGAUUCAGACAAGGUUUUUACUGAGACUCGCAUUGGAGCAUGCUGUGGUGAACAUCUAUAACUCAGGGUCCUCUAAUGGCAUGGAAAUUUGCCCAUAAAUCAGACGAAUUGAGAAUUUAUGAGAGGCACAAUUUUCUGCAGUCACUUAGAGCUGAUUUCAUGAGAGCUAUUUGUAUCUCCCUGAGCUUACUAUUUAGAGAGAAUUGCUGGGUUUGAUGAAAUUGCUGUGAGCAUGAAGGAUUUCCUCCUAUCAUAAAGUGUCUCAUUUUCACAUCUCGCUCAUGCACGGUCUCUUCUCAUCCCUGUCGCAGCAGGCCAGAAGCCAUGCCAGGGGACAUAGUUCAUUUGCUGAGUGGUGAUCCAUAUUAGACUAUAGAACCAAGGUAGAGUUCACUCUGCAUGGCCUAGUCUGCCUUAACACAAACCCAGUGUUGGAGGAUGUUUCUGUGCACAUGUAUUCAACUGUGAUUGGAGUAAGGCCAUUAAUGUAUCUUGCUUCUAUCUGGCCUACUCAAGAAUAUCUGGUAUAGAAAACAGAAAAACCAGGGGGUGAGGGGUGAAAGGUGGGAGUGGCCUGAGAGGGGUGCUGGAGAGUUACCCAUCUGGACAUAAAGGAUAUGCCAAGCUGAGAUUAAGAUGGCAGGUGACAGGCCACAUGGCAGGAUGUAGGCCAGGUCAGUAUGGUCAGCUUAGAAUAGCCAGAGUCUGCCCAGCUAUAGCGCCUAACGCUUAUAAUAAAUAAAUAUAAUAAGUCUCCAUGUUAUUACUCAGAGCAAGGGCAGGCACAGAAAGUCAAACUUCUAUACCGAAGUACCUACCCACACAGCCACUGCUAGGGGCCCAGACUGACAGGAAGGCCAUGAAAAAUAGUUUGUCCACACAGCAGCCACAAACAUCAAUCUCAUUUGUUUGAACACAUAUGGGUUUUUGCUGUGCAGUUUCUGUAAGCAGGCACAGUCUACAUGGUGAGUUUUCCAUUGUUACCCUGGUUCCCUUCUGGAAAAAUAAAAAAUAUGGCUGCUCCCA